AUGGGCAGUUUAUUGUCAAGUCAGUUCGGUUUCUCAUCACUAUUUCAGCAUAAAUCAAAACCACGUAUUAACAAUGGUCGUCGAACAACAGAAGAAGUAUCAACAUUAAAUGACAGUAAUCAUACGUCGAUAAAUGAUAACGAUAUUUCUUCAAGUAGUAUACAUUUUGUUGAAGAAUUCGUACCCGAACGUUAUUUAGUUUUACUUACCGAACAAAUGACUGAAAUGCUUUUUCGUUUAAUGACUUGUAAUGAAACAUCAGUAAUAAUGUCUGAAUGUGGAUUUGAUCAUCGAAUGUCAUUAGGUAUUAGUACUGGUAGUGGUAACAUAUCAACACCAAGUUCAAAUUCUACCAAUGGUCGAUCUUCAUUGCAAUUACAAUCAAUGCAUCAAUCUUGUAUUAAAUGCAAAAGGAAAAUGUUGACUAUUGAAGAAUUUCGUGAAUUACACAGUUAG